UCAUCGCUUCUCAAAUCAAGAACAUCUGAAUUUCACGAUGUCCUCCCUGUCCGAAGUCAAUGCCAGAUUUGCCCUUGACAUGUUCCAUUUGCUGAGUGAAGAGCACCCAUCUGAUAAUCUCUUGUUCUCGCCUAUGAACCUCACCAGUGGCCUAGGCCUGCUUCUUUUGGGGUCUGGAUGUAAUACUGCAGCUGAGCUUGAAAAGGUACUGCACUGGGAUGAACUGAAGGAGCUUAAGGAGUAUUGGACAACCAACCUAAGCAGCAGUGAUGAUUCAGCUGCAAAGUCACAAGACAAGAUCCCUUUCAAACCCCAUCCUGAACCACAAGCAGCUAAACCUUCUGAUGACAAACAACAGAGUGAGGAACCACAACCUGUUAAACCCUGGGAUGAGAGGCAUCAGGGCCAUGAUUCACAACACACUAAACCUAGUGAUGAUAGACAUCAGGCCCAUGAACACCAGGAUACCAAACCUAGUCAUGAUAGACAUCAGGCCCAAGAACCACAACACACUAAGCCUAGUGAUGACAGACAUCAGGCCCAAGAACCACAACACACUAAGCCUAGCGAUGACAGACAUCAGGCCCAAGAACCACAACACACUAAACCUAGUGAUACUAGACGACAAGCCCCCCAGCGCCAACAUGCUAAACCUAGUGAUGAUAGACAUCAGGCCCAAGAACAUCAUGAUAGACGUCAGGCCCAAGAACACCAGGAUAGACAUCAAGAACACCAUGAUAGACAUCAGGCACAAGAACACCAUGAUAGACGUCAGGCCCAAGAACACCAGGAUAGACAUCAGGCCCAAGAACACCAGGAUAGACAUCAGGCCCAAGAACCACAACUCACUAAGCCUACUGAUACUAGACGACAAGCCCCUCAGCGCCGACAUGCUAAACCUAGUGAUGAAAGACAUCAAGCCCAAGAGCCACAACACACUAAGCCUAGUGAUGAUAGACAUCAGGCUCAAGAACACCAGGAUACCAAGCCUAGCCAGGAUAGACAUCAGGCCCAAGAACCACAACUCACUAAGCCUACUGAUACUAGACGACAAGCCCCUCAACGCCGACACACUAAACCUAGUGAUGAAAGACAUCAAGCUGAAGAGCCACAACACACUAAGCCUAGCGAUGAUAGACAUCAGGCCCAAGAACCACAACAUGCUAAGCCUAGUGAUGACAGACAUCCAGCCCAAGAACCAGAACACACUAAACCUCAUGAUACUAGACGGCAAGCUCCUCAGCGAGAACAUACUAAGCCUAGUGAUGCUAGACAUCAGGCCCAAGAACACCAGGAUACCAAACCUAGCCAUGAUAGACAUCAGGCCCAAGAACCACAACACGCUAAGCCUAGAGAUGACAGACAUCAGGCCCAAGAACCACAACACACUAAACCUAGUGACACUAGACGACAAGCCCCUGAACGCCAACAUGCUAAACCUAGUGAUGAGAGGCAUCAAGCCCAGGAACCACAACAUACUAAGCCUAGUGAUGACAGACAUCCGGACCAAGAACCACAACACACCAAACCUAAAGAUGAUAAACAACAAUCCCCCCAGCAUCCAUGUCCCUGCCCUAAGCCGUUGGCACCUGAAAAAGAAGCAUCUCCUGAAAAGUCUGUUUCAGAUGAUGAGUGCGAGAAUCCUGAAGGGGUCCAUACUGCAUUCAGCAAAAUUCUUAAACGACUUAACAGGCCUAGCACCAAUUAUGUUCUGAGUACUGCCAAUAAGCUCUAUGGAGACUAUGCUGUUGCCUUCAUUCAGAAAUUCCUUUACUGUGCCCUGAAACUGUACUUGACAGAAGUGGAGGGAGUAGAUUUUCAUUGUGCCUCUGAGGAAGUGAGGAGAUUGCUCAAUCUGUGGGUUGAAAUCCAGUCACAUGGUAAAAUCAAGGAUCUUUUGCCCAAGGACAGCUUGGAUUGUUUGACUGAACUGCUGUUGGUGAAUACCCUGUACUUCAAAGGACUCUGGGAAGUUGAGUUUAAGAAAGAGCUCACAGAAGAAGCCCCAUUUUUCGUAGAUUCGAAGGCCUUUCACACUGUGCAGCUGAUGCAUACUAGAGGUACCUUCAACACAGGCACAGUUCUUCUAAACAAUGUUGAGGUGCAAGUUCUGGAGAUUCCCUACAAAAACCAUGAAUCGAGUCUUUUUAUACUGCUACCAACAGAUGAAAGUUCUCAAACUCUUCUACAGCUGGAAGAUGCACUUACACAUGAGGAUUUGCUUGACUGGUCUAAUGAUUUGAAGCUUGAAGUGGUGGAGGUGGCCAUUCCUAAGUUCAGCAUGGAAAAGACAAUUGAAGCCGACAAGUACUUAAACCUGUCAAAUCUAAAUGAUGCUGGAAAAGCUGAUUUCUCUGGAGCAACAACCACUCAUGGGGUGGCUUUGUCUCAGCUGGUCCAUGAUACCUUCUUUGAGAUUGAUGAAGAGGGUGGUGAAGAACCUGCAACAAAGGACCCCCAAGUCUCUCGGCGUCAGCGUUGUGGACCUGUGCCUUUCAUAGCUGAUCAUCCCUUCCUUUACUAUGUUAGGCACAAUUGCACCAAAAGCAUUCUUGUCUUUGGUAGAUUCUCUAAGCCAGAGUAAAAGAAUGAUUGUGAUUCACAGAACAUGAAAUCAAUGGAAAACGACUUCGGGAAACGAUUUUAGGAAAAUCCAUUCUUUUGCAUUUUUUUUUUACUUAGCUUCAUGCUUUAUGAUUCCAAUAAUUGGACUGAUCUGGGCAAAGGAAACUUAUAUUUGGUGAUGGGUAUAAUUUGCAUUGUAAAAGAGUUUUGUUGUUCUGUCUUCUCACAUAGUUUUGCUUCAUGUCACCUUAUUUAAAGAAUAGGCUUCCUCCUGGGCUCUGGAUAUUGUCUCAACUCUUGAAUCUAGGUCUUCACAUUACAGUCAACUACACGUAAAUGGCAUAUUCUAAAAAGAAAAAUAGUUUAGACCCCUUUGAGAUAUGUGGACCGAGUGACCUUCAGAUAGUGUAGACUUUGAACCCUCUUCAGCACUGUUGUGUGGGGGAAGUUAAAUGUCUUCCUUCUGCUGGUUUCUGUUUCUCUUUUGAGAUAUGGCACUCUGGAAAAAAUGCAGUGGUAAAUAUCAGACUUUUUGUUCACCUCAACUAUAAACAAUAUUUACAUGAUUACUUGUUAUAAACCCAGGACCUGAUUCUCAUUAUCACAUAAUAUUUUUUGCCUUUUUCAAUGUUCCUCCUUUCAUUGUAAUGAGACAAGAACAGUGCUUGCUUUAGACAUUUUUACACCCAAAGUGAAAGGUCAGCAUGAAGUCCUUUGGCUCUGUUUUGAAAAAGACACAUGAGAUGGAGUCUUAAGGCAGAAAAAAUAUGAUCAUCUCUGGAACCUGCUCUUUACAUUGCUUCAUAAUAAGACCUGCUUGAAAAUGAUCCAUUUGUAUGGGUUCUGUUAUAUCAUAUUGCCUAAAGUUAGCAUUGAGGGGUACCCAGGGUUCGUUUUGAGGGGGAACACGCAGGAAUGCAGUUCUGGCAGUUCCCCAAAGAGGUCAUAUGUCAGGUGGCCCCGCCUACCUGACUCUCAGCCAUUUUGGGCCCGUUUCAGCCUGGAUUGGGGCCGAAACGGCCCAGAUCGGGCCUCUGACAGGUGGUGGAUCACUCUCCC